GGUUCCAUUGUUGGGCCCCGCAAAUGUGUGCACCUGGGUUGUUUCCUCCGAAUCAAUAUGCCACAGGGGCUAGUCCCUGUUUUGGUUGGUCAAAUUAAAUUUGUUGCACUGUACUUCUCAUGAGAAAAACAGAAAAGGCCAACAAAUCCUAGCUAUGUUUCUACAUCUUCGUCGUAAUAGUCACCUCACACAUCAUCGUGCUUGUUUUGAUCAGGGUCCCGGAGCAUGUGGAGGAGGUGAGCAGCCGUGAGCUUGAGACCCUGACGCUGAAUGACACAUCUCACACACUUGAAUCAGCUGAGGGGCAGGAGAUAUUUGGAGGAUUUUAUCCACUCGACCAUCAAGGUGAUAUAAAAUUUGAGAGAAGACAAGCUGAAGAACGAGCUCAAUUUUUCCAAGCACAAGGAUAUUGGCCACUCGACUUUGAAACUAACAGAGAAUAUGCAGACAUGAAAGUUGGAAAACAAACUCAAUCAGUCCAAGCACGGGGACAACAUACUUACGCUUCUAAGGAAGAAGAAAUUGCUGCAAAUGCGAAACGAUGGAUGAGCGAGGAGGCGAUGGUGGCUUUCACAAGAUACAUUGAGAGCAAAGAUGAUCUUAAGGGACUUGAUUAUGAAUUUGACGAGCUUGCCCAUCAAUGUUUUAAUAUGGAGGAUUAUUUAACGAUAUUCCAUCACUUCAACUUUACUGUCAAGAUAAAGAAGCCUGGCUCAGCUGAUUGGAUGUCGGCGAUGUACUUCGCUGAGGUCAAAUCGAUAUGUAUGAUAAAACUCUAUGCCUGUUAUCCUUUGGAGGAAGGUCAAUAUGGUGAAUGUUAUGCCUGCGAGAACCAAGGAAUGGGUGUGUUGAGGCACCCGUUAAAAGGGAUAUACGAUAUGGGCAGGGAAGAUGUAGAACCUCCCUUCUAUUAUGAGGACAGCGACUCUGAUGAAUUCGAUCCAGCAACAGUCCGGAGUUUAUCUUCUGAUGAUGAUAUGAGUUGAUGAUGGCCUUGUCCUUUAUUCUAGUACUGUAAGUUAGCUGUAGCUCUCCCCGCCAAAAAAAAAAAAGUUAGCUGUAGCUCUUGUAUGCUCUUGAUAGGUUGAUUCCUAGUUGAUUUGAGAACGUAUUCCUAGCUCCAGCAGCAUCUGAAGAAUGUCGAGUAGCAGCGCAGCAAUGGUUUGUAACACUGGUAUUAUGUGUUGUUGGUUCUAAUGUCACGCUCGUAUUUGCCUUGAUGCGACUGGUUUACUCUGCUU